AUGAAGACCACUGAGAACCAAAAGUGGCGUGUGAAGAAUGAAUACCGAGGGCUGCGUGUGAAUGCUGGAGACCAAGGGCUGCGUGUGAAGACUGGAGACCAAGGGCUGCGUGUGAAGACUGGAGACCGAGGGCUGCUUGUGAAGACUGCAGACCUAGGGCUGCGGGUGAAGAAUGAAGACCUAGGGCUGCGGGUGAAGAAUGAAGACCGAGGGCUGCGUGUGAAGAAUGAAGACCGAGGGCUGCGUGUGAAGAAUGAAGAACGAGGGCUGCGUGUGAAGACUGGAGACCGAGGGCUGCGUGUGAAGACUGCAGACCUAGGGCUGCGGGUGAAGAAUGAAGACCGAGGGCUGCGUGUGAAGAAUGAAGACCGAGGGCUGCGUGUGAAGAAUGAAGAACGAGGGCUGCGUGUGAAGAAUGAAGACCGAGGCCUGCGUGUGAAGAAUGAAGACCGAGGGCUGCGUGUGAAGAAUGAAGAACGAGGGCUGCGUGUGAAGAAUGAAGACCGAGGGCUGCGUGUGAAGAAUGAAGAACGAGGGCUGCGUGUGAAGAAUGAAGACCGAGAGCUGCGUGUGAAGAAUGAAGAACGAGGGCUGCGUGUGAAGAAUGAAGAACGAGGGCUGCGGGUGAAGACUGGAGACCGAGGGCUGCGGGUGAAGACUGGAGACCGAGGGCUGCGGGUGAAGACUGGAGACCGAGGGCUGCGGGUGAAAAACGUGUGA